AUGAGCGCCGUGACAAUUCAACAACCGCUGUCCCGCCGUGGCCACGGGCCUGGGCUCAUCAUCGUAGUUGAAGAGGGCAUCAACCUAUCCAAACACGACAAGAUCCUGGACCCGCCUCCAUCGCAGAAAUGGGCAGAGGAAGGAUACGCCGUUGCGCAGAUAGUUGUUGCACCCGGAGCCGCGGACGUUGCUGGUCAGGUUACCUCGGCCAUCAAAAGUCUCAGAGAGCUCGACACUUGUGACGACAAGGACAAGUUUGGCGUCAUUUCUCUCAUUAGUGCGCCCUCUUCGCAACUCGUGGAUGCCCUAGAGAGCCGUUCCGAGAUCAAGGCGGCUGUGUUCUAUAACUUUGGCCAAGCACUUACAAUUCCCACUCUUUCGCAUCUCCCCAAAACCGUGACAGACAGUCCCAAGCCAACUCCUACGGCAAAGACUCACUCCUACCCCGGAGCAAGUGACUUCUUCGUCGUCCCUAGCCAUCCCAACUUCAACGCCAAUGCCGCAGGGCUCGCGCACACCCGCACACUGACGUUCCUGAAACCCCUCCUCGGCGGGCCGUACUUCGAUCUCGAGGCCGUCUGGGAAGAACACACUCUCUUCGAGUUUGGCGAGCGCAAUGUCGAAAAGACCAUGGCCACCAUGGUCGAGCAGCCCUAUGUCAACCACAUCCCGACGCUCACCGGCGGCGUAGGCCGUCAAUACCUGACCAGCUUCUACAGAGACCACUUCAUCUUCAACAACCCCGAUGACACUGAGCUUGAGCUGGUCAGCCGCACUGUAGGCAUUGACAGAGUUAUCGAUGAGUUCGUCUUCAAGUGUACCCAUAACAGGGUCAUUGACUGGCUGCUCCCUGGUGUUCCGCCAACUGGAAAGCAUCUCUCCAUUCCCUUCACGAGUGUCGUCAACGUACGAGGUGACCAUCUUCACCACGAGCACAUCGCCUGGGACCAGGCUACCGCGCUGCGCCAACUUGGCCUCCUGCCCGAGUUCCUGCCGUUCCCCUACCACAUCAACGGUAGCGGCCCGGCGUCCGGAAAGAAAUUCGAAUUCAAGCUGCCUGUCGCCGGCGUAGAGUCGGCGCAUAAGCUCGUUGACGAGAGCGCGGUGGAGUCGAAUGCCAUGUUCGAGUAUGGAACGCGAGAGGUCGAUGCCUAG